AUGUGGGUUGGAGUACUUGACUUAUGGGUCUUUGUUAUUCAGGGAAAUGCUUCCUCUGGCAUGGGUGUUGCUGAGGACUGCUGCAAUACAUUCUUGGAACUGCAGAGAAAGAAGGCCUUUCGCUAUGUGAUUUUUAAGAUUGAUGAGAAGAAGAAAGAGGUUGUGGUAGAAAAGACUGGAGGCCCAGCUGAAAGUUAUGAUGAUUUCACUGGUUCAUUGCCUGAAAAUGAUUGCCGAUAUGCAAUCUAUGACUUUGAUUUUGUCACUUCAGAGAAUUGCCAGAAGAGCAAGAUCUUCUUCAUUGCAUGAAAAGAUCAGCCAGAGGAUGAAAAUUCUUCAGGAUUUGGUUCCUGGAUGUAAUAAGGUUAUUGGGAAAGCACUUGUUGUUGAUGAGAUUAUUAAUUACAUCCAGUCACUGCAGCGCCAAGUCGAGUUCCUUUCGUUGAACCUUGAAGCAGUCAAUUCAAGGGUGAACAUGAAUCCCGCCAUUGAAGUGUUUCCUUCAAAAGAUCAAUUUGAUGCAGCUGCGUUGUUAUUUGGACCACACACACCAAGGGAGUGUGCAGGGCUCGCAAGCCGAAUGGC